AUGCGGGAGGCAGCUAUAGCUGAUCUUUAUGCGUGCUCCUGGAAGGACAAACAUGCAACGGGCUAUGAGUCUAUUUCAGACACCGGAAAUGUGACUUGCUCCCAGGGCUAUAGACCAGUGCGUGAUGCCAAUACUCCCAAAUGCAACCAGACAACUGGAGCUUGGGAGUUCACUGCCGUUUGCGAAGAUAUAGAUGAAUGCGCUAUAUCAAAUGGUAGUUUUUGCAAUGAACAGGAUACAUGUUACAACACCAACGGGUCCUUUGUAUGUUGCAACAAAAAUUCUAAUUGGUCAAAUGGCCUUUGUUCACAGAGAUACGAAUGCGCGGGAAAUGAAAGCCUUCUAAUUUUAGAUACAAGCGCACACUUGAAGACGAGCCUGGACAUUGCAAUAACUAGUUGUUCAAAGGCAGGACUGUCACUCCCGAGCCAUCCAGGCUGCAUUUCAUCCGCAGUUAGCUCUGGCAAGAUUAACAAUAGUGUUUGGCUAGUGACACCUGAUUGGGUGGUAAAGUCAAUUCUGAGUGGAGACAAUCUAACCGAAGAUGCAUCACGUGAUCAGUUACACAACAUUGUCUGUGUCGAAUUUGCUGCUUGUUCAUCGGUCACGUGCCAGCAAAAUGCCCUCUGUAAUUCGACAGGACAAUGUGAAUGUAGAAUGCCUUACUAUCACGAUGGUACAAAUUGCUCUCGUAAGUGAAAGCAGUGGGUUGGAUUGCUCAGACCUGGCGGCAGUUAGUCUA